CUCCCCGCGCUUCCAGAGGGGGCUCGCAGAGCUGAGGACGCGCCCGCCCUGCUCAAGGUCUCUCCCUCGCUCCCUCCGUACCGGCACCUGACGCGGGUGCCAAGGGGCUCCGGGCACCUUUCUGUGUCCCUUCCCUCGAUCAACCGCGACUCCGCAACCCAGCCGCUGCCGCUGCGGCCACCGCCCGAGGGGACCUACGGACAGGACGCGGGCAGGAGGAGGGGUGCGCAGCGCCCGCGCGGUGUCCCCUCCAGGGCACAGCGAGACCCAGGCCUCGGGGCCGGGAGUCCCUGGCCGCCUCACCAGGUGCUCGAGACGGAAGUUUUUGGAGAGGGAGUCCAACUCUUCAAGGUGAACUAUGACCACUUUACUCUUCAUUUUUGUGACUCUGAGGGUCAUCACGGCUGUCAUCUCAGAAGAAGCUUCAGACCAUGACAACGCACUGAGUGUGAGCAUCCCCCAGCCAUCCCCGAUGAAGGUCCUCCUGGGGACCUCCCUCACCAUCCCCUGCUACUUCAUCGACCCCAUGCACCCUGUGACCACCGCCCCCUCCACUGCCCCCCUCUCCCCGAGGAUCAAGUGGAGCCGCAUUUCCAAGGAGAAGGAAGUGGUCCUGCUGGUGGCCACUGAGGGGCAUGUGCGGGUCAACAACGCCUACCAGGACAGGGUCUCGCUGCCCAGCUACCCAGCCAUCCCCAGCGACGCCACCUUGGAAAUUCAGAACCUGCGCUCCAACGACUCUGGGGUCUAUCGCUGCGAGGUGAUGCACGGCAUCGAGGACAGCGAGGCCACCCUGGAGGUCGUGGUGAAAGGCAUCGUGUUCCACUACAGAGCCAUCUCCACGCGCUACACCCUCGACUUUGACAGGGCCCAGCGGGCCUGCCUGCAGAACAGUGCCAUCAUCGCCACGCCUGAGCAGCUACAGGCCGCCUACGAGGACGGCUUCCAUCAAUGCGACGCAGGCUGGCUGGCUGACCAGACUGUGCGGUACCCCAUCCACACUCCCCGGGAAGGCUGCUACGGAGACAAGGACGAAUUUCCUGGCGUGAGAACCUACGGCAUCCGGGACACCAACGAGACCUAUGACGUGUACUGCUUUGCCGAGGAGAUGGAGGGUGAGGUCUUCUAUGCGACGUCCCCAGAGAAGUUCACCUUCCAGGAGGCCGCCAGCGAGUGCCGACGGCUGGGCGCCCGCCUGGCCACCACGGGCCAGCUCUACCUGGCCUGGCAGAGUGGCAUGGACAUGUGCAGCGCCGGCUGGCUGGCCGACCGCAGCGUGCGCUACCCCAUCUCCAAGGCCCGGCCCAACUGCGGAGGCAACCUCCUGGGCGUGAGGACUGUCUACCUGCAUGCCAACCAGACCGGGUACCCCGACCCCUCAUCCCGCUACGACGCCAUCUGCUACACAGGUGAAGACUUUGUGGACAUCCCAGAAAAUUUCUUCAGUGUGGGUGGUGAGGAGGACAUCACCAUCCAGACGGUGACCUGGCCCGACAUGGAGCUGCCUCUGCCCCGAAACAUCACAGAGGGAGAAGCCCGUGGCAAUGUGAUCCUCACCGUGAAGCCCAUCUUUGAGGUCUCCCCCACCGACCUGGAGCCCGGGGAGUCCUUCACGUUUGCCCCUGACAUGGAGGUCACGGCCUUCCCUGAGGCUGAGAAUGGGACUGAAGAGGUCACCAGACCCUGGGGCUUUCCUGAGGAAUCCCGCCCUACAGCCUUCACCAGUGAGGACCUGGUCGUGCCAGUGACCAUUGCCUCAGGGGCAGCCGAGGUCCCUGGGCAGCCCCAUCUUGCGGGUGGGGUCGUGUUCCACUACCGGCCGGGCUCCACCCGCUACUCGCUGACCUUCGAGCAGGCGCAACAGGCCUGCCUGAAUGCGGGGGCUGUCAUGGCCACCCCAGAGCAGCUGCAGGCUGCGUAUGAGGCAGGCUACGAGCAGUGCGAUGCUGGCUGGCUGCAGGAUCAGACCGUCAGGUACCCCAUUGUGAGCCCACGGACACCUUGUGUGGGUGACAAGGACAGCAGCCCCGGGGUGAGGACCUACGGAGUGCGUCCGUCCUCAGAAACCUAUGAUGUCUAUUGCUACGUGGACAAGCUUGAGGGCGAGGUGUUCUUCGCCACACGCCUGGAGCAGUUCACCUUCCAGGAGGCGCUGGAAUUCUGUGAAUCCCAAAACGCCUCGCUGGCCUCCACCGGCCAGCUCUACGCGGCCUGGGUGCGCGGCCUGGACAAGUGCUACGCCGGGUGGCUGGCAGACGGCAGCCUCCGCUACCCCAUCGUCACCCCACGGCCAUCCUGCGGUGGGGACAAGCCAGGCGUGAGGACUGUCUACCUCUAUCCCAACCAGACCGGCCUCCCGGACCCACUGUCCCGCCACCACGCCUUCUGCUUCCGAGGUAUUCCAGUGGCGCCCUCUCCAGGAGAAGAGGAGGGUGGCACACCCACACCGCUUGCAGGCCUGGAGGACUGGAUCAUCACCCAAGCGGUGCCUGGCGUGGCUGUUAUUCCCUUGGGGGAGGAGACAACUGCAGUCCUAGACUUCACCACUGAACCAGAAAACCAGACGGAAUGGGAGCCAGCCUACACCGCAGUGGUCACCUCCCCUCUGCCAGGGGUCCCAUCCACAUGGCCUCCCACCAGCACAGCAGCAGAGGAAAGCACAGAGGGCCCCGGGGCAACUGCAGUGCCCUCCGCCUGGGAAGCACCUUCCACCUCAGAGGAGCCAUAUGUACCUUCACCUGCAGUACCCAGCGCCACCGAGCUGCCAGGCUCCCAGGAGGUAUCUGAGGCCCCUGAUGUCAGUGGUGACUUCACAGGCAGUGGAGAAGCUCCAGGAGCCACUGCAAGUGGACUGCCCUCUGGAGACCUUGAUUCCAGUGGUCUCACCUCCACAGUGGGCUCAGGCUUGCCCUCAGGACAUGGAGACAGAAUUGAGUGGUCCAGCACUCCUACAGUUGCCGGGUUGCCCUCUGGAGCAGAGGACCUAGAGGGCUCUGUCUCUGGGGUAUGGGACCUUAGCAGGCUUCCUUCUGGAAAGGAAGUUCCAGAGACUUCUGCCUCUGGAGAAGGGGAAGUGAGUGGACUUCCUUCAGGAGUAGAAGGUGUAGAGACCUCUGCCUCUGGAGUAGGGGAAGUGAGUGGACUUCCUUCAGGAGGGGAAGUCAGUGGACUUCCUUCUGGAGAAGAAGGUCUAGAGACUUCUGCCUCUGGAACAGAGGAAGUCAGUGGACUUCCUUCUAGAGGAGAAGGCUCAGAAAUUUCUGCCUCUGGAGAAGUCAGUGGACUUCCUUCUGGAGGAGGUCUAGAGACUUCUACCCCUGGAGCAGAUGAUCUCAGUGGACUUCCUUCAGAAGAUCUAGAGACUUCAACCUCUGGAGUAGAGGAUAUAAGUAUGCUUCCUACUGGAAGAGAAGGUCUAGAGACCUCUGCCUCUGGAGUGGAGGAUGUGAGUGGGUUUCCUUCUGGAGGAGAAGGUCUAGAGACUUCUGCCUCUGGAAUAGAGGAUAUCAGCAGGCUUCCUUCUGGAGAAAGUCUAGACACCUCUGUUUCUGGAGGAAGGGAUGACCUCAGUGGAUUUUCUUCUGGAAGAGAGAGUUUAGAGACUUCAGCUUUUGGAGCAGAGGACCUCAGUGGGUUGCCUUCUGGAAAAGAAGACUUGGUGGGAUCUGCUUCUGGAGACUUGGCCUUUGGCCAACUGCCUUCUGAAACUAUAGGAAGUGGACAAGUUCCAGAUGCAAGUGGUCUUCCCUCUGGAGUUAGUGGUGAGUAUUCUGGAGUGGACUUUGGAAGUGCCCCCUCCUCUGGCCUGCCUGACUUUAGUGGACUUCCAUCUGGGUUACCAACAGUCUCCCUAGUGGAUACGACAUUGGUAGAAGUGGUCACAGCCACCAGUGCAAGUGAACUGGAAGGGAGGGGAACCAUUGGCAUCAGUGGCACAGGGGAAAUAUCUGGGCUGCCCUUUGAUGAGCUGGACAUUAGUGGGGGAACAAGUGAACUCCCUUCAGGAACUGAAGUCAGUGGCCAAGCAUCUGGAUCUCUUGACAUCAGUGGGGAAACAUCUGGAUUCUUUGGUGUUAGUGGACAGCCGUCUGAGUUUCCUGACAUCAGUGGGGGAACAUCUGGGAUUUCUGAGGUCAGUGGGCAGCCUUCAGCAUCUCCUUACUCCAGUGGGGAGACAUCUGGAAUGACUGAGCUCAGUGAACUACCCUCUGGACAACCAGACGUCAGUGGAGAAGCAUCUGGAGUUCUUUUUGGCAGUGGCCAACCAUUUGGCAUAACAGACCUGAGUGGAGAAACAUCUACAGGGCCUGAUCUCAGUGGACAGCCAUCAGGACUGCCAGAGGUCAGUGGGACAACACCUAGAAUCCUUGACCUGGUUUCUGGUACCAUGAGUGGCAGUGGGGAACCUCCUGGCAUUACAUUUGUGGACACCAGUUUGAUGGAAGUGACUCCUACUACAUUUAAAGAAGAAGAAGGCUUAGGAUCUGUGGAAGUCAGUGGCUUCCCUUCCAGGGAGACGGAUCUGUCAGGCACAUCUGGGGAAGUGGACAUCAGUGAACAAUCUUCUGGAACAAUCGAUGCCAGUGGGUUUACAUCCUCAGCCCCAGAAUUCAGUGGCCUACCGAGUGGGGUAGCUGAAGUCAGUGGAGAAUUCUCUGGAGCUGAGACUGGCAGCAAUCUUCCCUCGGGAGCGUACGAUGGCAGUGGACUUCCAUCCGGAUUCCCCACUGUCUCUCUUAUAGAUAGAACCUUGGUGGAGUCUGUAACCCAACAUCCAACAGCCCAAGAAUCUGGAGAGGGGUCUUCCGGUGUUUUGGAACUUAGUGGUACUCCAUCUGGAGUGCCAGAAGUGUCUGGAGACCAUUCUGGAUUUUUGGACCAAAGUGGACUGCAAUCUGGGCUGGUAGAACCCAGCGGAGAGCCACUGAGUACUCCAUAUUUUAGUGGUGACUUUUCCAGCACUGCUGAUGUAAGUGGAGAAUCCUCUGCAGCCACCAGCAGCAGCGGGGAGACCUCUGGGCUUCCAGAAGUCACGUUAAUCACUUCUGAGUUAGUGGAGAGUGUAACAGAAGCAACUGUUUCCCAGGAACUUGGCCAAAGACCCCCUGUGACAUACACACCCCGGAUCUUUGAGGCCAGUGGGGAAGCCUCUGCAUCUGGGGACAUUGGUGGAACAACAGCAACAUUCCCUGGCUCGGGAGUAGAGGCACUGCCAGUCCCAGAAGGCAGCAGUAAGUCAUCUGCCUAUCCUAAGCCUGGCGUGAGUGCACCUGCUGUCCCUGAGGCCAGCGGAGAGGUGUCUGGGUCCCCUGAUUCAAGUGAAACUACUUCUGCCCUCCAUGAAGCAGAUCUUGAUCAAGCUUCAGGCCUGGGCAUGAGCAGCAGCCCCUGGACCUUUUUGGAAGGCCCCCAGGAGGGGUCAGCUGCCCCGGAAGUGAAUGGAAAGUCAGUCAUCACCUCCCAGGUGGGCAUAGAGGCCUCAAGCGCACCUUUGGACGUAACCGUGGCUUCGGGAGACAGGACUGAAACCAGCGGAGAACCGUCUGGUCACAGCUCAGGGCUGGGUGUCACCUUCAGCACCAGCUCUCCAGAGUCCCAGUGGACCCAGCAGCGCAAGCACCCUGCAGAGGUGCAUCUAGAAGUCGAGUCCUCAAGCCCUUUGUACUCAGGAGAAGAGACCCACACAGCCGAAACAGCCAACUUCCCAACAGAUGCCACUGUUCCCACUUCUUCAGAGGGAUCCGGAGAAGCAGCAACCUCCAUUGCAGACAUUGAUGAGUGCCUCUCAAGCCCUUGUCUGAAUGGAGCCACCUGCGUGGACACCAUCGACUCUUUCACAUGCUUAUGCCUUCCCAGCUACGGAGGGGACCUGUGUGAGAUCGACCAGGAGGUGUGCGAGGAGGGCUGGACCAAAUUCCAGGGCCACUGCUACCGCCACUUCCCUGACCGCGAGACCUGGGUGGAUGCCGAGAGGCGGUGUCGGGAGCACCAGUCACACCUCAGCAGCAUCAUCACUCCCGAGGAGCAGGAGUUUGUCAACAGAAAUGCUCAGGAUUACCAGUGGGUGGGCCUGAAUGACAGGACCAUCGAAGGGGACUUCCGCUGGUCAGAUGGACACCCUUUGCAAUUUGAGAAGUGGCGUCCCAACCAGCCCGACAACUUCUUUGCCACGGGAGAGGACUGUGUGGUGAUGAUCUGGCACGAGAAGGGCGAGUGGAACGAUGUCCCCUGCAAUUACCACCUGCCUUUCACGUGUAAAAAGGGCACAGUGGCCUGCGAAGACCCCCCCAGGGUGGAGCACGCCAGGACCCUGGGGCAGAAGAAGGACCGGUAUGAGAUCAACUCCCUAGUGCGGUACCAGUGCACGGAGGGCUUUGUCCAGCGUCACGUCCCCACCAUCCGGUGCCAGCCCAGCGGGCACUGGGAGGAGCCUCGGAUCACCUGCACAGACCCCACCACCUACAAGCGCCGACUACAGAAGCGGAGCUCCUGGCAGAGCCGCCCGAGCUCGGGCCACUGAGAGGAGCUUUGGGGACCACCUAGGACGCUGAGCCCAGGAGCCCACCGGGCUGACUAGACCACACAUCCCCCACCCGACGGUGUCCUCUUCUUGUUGCUUUUUGUCAUAUAAGGAAUCCCAUUAAAGAAGGAAAACAUAAACCCCACAGUGUGUGUGCACCCACCCGCCCCCAAAUCUCCAAAACCUCGUCUAAUUUGUCCCCCGAAUGCCAAAGCAAAGCGAGCUCAUCACAACCCGUGGACUGAGUUUAGAGACGUUUCUUCAAUCUCCCAUCGUGCCUUUCCAGGGACCAGCGCAGGGACAGGGGGAAAAGGGAAGGGGUUAAGUUAAAUAAAGAAGAUUAUUUUUUGUGUCCUGACUUUA